CUUUGCUAUCUUCGCUUAUGAAUGGAUUCGCCCCUUCUAAACAUGUGUAUAACCUGGCGUUCUCAGCCACGCCCCCGACACUCUGCUCCGACCAAUCACCUUGCAGGGUGCCGCGCUGACCGCACUGUGUGUAGAGCUGUUCCUAUCUCCUACCGCAGCCAGUGCCGGGAGCAGACAUGCGGAAGGUCGUGGUUGUCACCGGAGCCAACAGGUUGGGAAUAUCGGCUGCUACUGAGCAUAGACCAUGGGAUGGCCAUAGGGAGACCCCGGGCUGUCAUUGAACUACUCCUCCCAUGAUGCUCUGCCAGCCACAAUCAUGGAAAAGCAUCACUGGGAGCUGCAAUCCAACAGGACCAAUCCUGGCAAAGCAUCAUGAGAGUUAUAUGUCAGCAACAGCUGGGGAUUGAUCCCAAAUUGUCCUCCCCCUGGUAUAAUAACUCCAAACCCGGUAUAAUAACGCUAAACCCGGUAUAAUAACGCUAAACCCGGUAUAAUAACUCCUCUAAACCCGGUAUAAUAACUCCUCUAAACCCGGUAUAAUAACUCUAAACCCGGUAUAAUAACUCUAAACCCGGUAUAAUAACUCCAAACCCGGUAUAAUAACUCUAAACCUGUAUAAUAACUCCAAACCCGGUAUAAUAACGCUAAACUCGGUAUAAUAACUCCUCUAAACCCGGUAUAAUAACUCUAAACCCGGUAUAAUAACUCCAAACCCGGUAUAAUAACUCCUCUAAACCCGGUAUAAUAACUCCUCUAAACCCGGUAUAAUAACUCCUCUAAACCCGGUAUAAUAACUCCUCUAAACCCGAUAUGAUAACUCCAAACCCGGUAUAAUAACUCCAAACCCGGUAUAAUAACUCUAAACCUGGUAUAAUAACUCUAAGCCUGGUAUAAUAACUGAAUAACUCUAAACCCGGUAUAAUAACUGAAUAACUCUAAACCCGGAAUAAUAACUCUAAACCCGGUAUAAUAACUGAAUAACUCUAAACCCGGAAUAAUAACUCUAAACCCGGUAUAAUAACUCUAAACCUGGUGUAAUAACUGAAUAACUCUAAACCUGGUAUAAUAACUCUCUAAACCCGGUGUAAUAACUCUAAACCCGGUAUAAUAAUUGAAUAACGCUAAACCCGGUAUAAUAACUGAAUAACUGUAACGCUAAACCUGGUAUAAUAACGCUAAACCUGGUAUAAUGGCACAAUAAGUCCAAACCCGGUAUAAUAACUGAAUAACUCUUAACCCGGUAUAAUAACUAAAUAAGAGUAUUAGUGAUGUCCCCAACUGUUCUCCAGCCAAUCAGCAGCAGACCCUCCCACCUCCUGGACAGCAUCCAUUGUGAAGCUGCAUUCUUAGUGAGCUGUCCAGGAGGUGGGAGGGUCUGGGAGGGAGGGUCUGCUGCUGAUUGGCUGGAAUGUGUCUGCUGACUGGAGUCCGUGGCGAACCGUUCGCAGCGAACCGUUCGGGACAUCGCUAAAGAGUAUAUGUUUAUAAAUAGUCCUCCUAUAGCUGUAUAGAUUGAGCUGAGGGUAUAUAUAUACUGUCUGUUACAAUGUAAUAAAUUGCAUUUUGCUGGCUGGGUAAUCACUAUGGAUUUAAUGUGCUGCUACCCUACCCCUCCCACCUUGUUAUCUUGGACAGGUAGCACCUCUUCGAGUUAUAUUCCAGCACUUUGGAAUAAUUACAUGGACAGGUAUAUAUUUUUUUUCUAGCUGACCCGUAGUUCCUGACAAGUGCUGCCCAAUAGCCUUCAUAUGCUGCAAGAUUCAAUUGAUGGACUGAUGUUCUAAUUGAAGCAUGUGAAUGCUGUAUACCGCAGUUGUAUUUUUCAUGUGCUACAAGUUAGCAUGAUGAAGUUAUAGUGUCCAGGGAAACAUGAGGGAACUGCAAAUCCUAUUCUUUACAUGCAGUGCUAUUUUGAAGUUAAGUGUGGAGACAUGACCAUGGAUGCUGGUUGUUUCUCAUUUAUUAUCUUGAAAAGUUGAUUCACUUAUGUCUGUUCAUGAAACUCCUUAGGGCUGUUGAAUUAGAUUUUUUUUUUUAGAAUCCCUUCUGAACACUAGAGUAGAGGAGCAAGGUUGGCUUCAAAAUUGCUGUAGUGUAGAAGUUUUCAUCUUUAUCUGGUAGAGUUAUAUUACUCCACAGUCUGAACGCAAAAUUUGGCCUUAAUGCUUUUUAAUGGGUUCCCAUUGCUUGGAGCAGGCAAUUAAUGCUUUGCGUCAGGCAACUGUCUGCAGUAAAUUGUUUAUUUUUGCAACCCUAUCAUGUGUAUAAGUUGGGUUCCUGUAUUAAAUAAGGUUAAUCUGAGCUCGAUUGUAUGGGCAAUAAACUCCCCUCUGAAUGUCCCUUAGCUUCAAACUUUCAGCUGGUUCGGAGACGAGCAGUGUCAGAGCUUCCACACACAAUGCUUGUCUAACAACAAUUUCAGUGAGUUGUAAGGAUGGUGCUACAGAAAUGACUGUGUAUGCUUUCUUCACUGUAAUUGAGUCAGUUUGAAAAGGUGGGCAUAUGCUUGGCAGCAGGUAACUGGAUAGGCAGGGGAUGCAUAUCUUCCUUAUGUGACUUGUGGUCUAUCCAGGGCCGGCCUUAAGCCAUUAGGCGAAAAGUCUUCAUGGCACCCCCACCCGCCCAAGUUGCCUGUAUACAGUCACACACAGGCAGAGGCAGACAUUCACACACGCUCAGUUACAGGCAGACAGUCAUACACACUCGGUUACAGGCAUGCAGACACACGCAGGCACACUCAGUUAAAGGCAGAUAGUCACACAUACAGGCAUACACAAUGGAACAGCUACAGCAAAACACAAUUGCAGUCACACACCGGCAGGCAAAAAGUCACACACAGUCACAGGCAGUCAGUCACGCAGACAGGCAGUCACAAACACACAGACUUGCCUCUUUCCAGUAUGGCUGAAAGGGGGAGUGAAAGCAGUUGGUUGUUGGGGAAGCAGGGCCUUCCUUCUUCCCUCUUCCUGUGCAGCAGUUACCAGGGGCUUCAGGUAGAUAUUAGCCCCACCUCCGCCUUGCGAUAAGCUCUGCUCGGUAAGCCCCACUCCCUCAACUUUAUUUAAUUUUUAUAGACCCGGGUGGAGAAUAAUGAAAUCCUCCGCCUGGGUACCUGUUUUAGCUCCCCUGAACUCCUGUCACCCGGCAAUGUGCAAGCUGUGUCGGCCACAUGGCGCCCUGUUCACACACCCCUAAGGCCGGCCCUGGGUCUAUCCCAGUACUUGGUGCAAUACCUAAUUGUCUAUCCUAAAACAAAUAUUUACUUUUUUUUUUUUUUUUUUUAAUAGACCAUAGGAUGGACAUAGGGAAACCCCAGACUGCCAUUGAACAACUCCUCCUAUGAUGCUUUACCAGCCAUAAUGGUGGCAAAGCAUUGUGAGAGUUAGAAGUCAGCAAUAGCUGGGGAUUGAUUUCCAUAUUGUCCUCUCCCUGGUAUAAUAAAUCAAUAAGUGUAGAUCUUCUUUAUAAAUGGUGAACACUCAGAAGUCCUAGGGGUUCUGUGAAGCCACAGCCGUCACUAUUCAUUGACUGAGAGCGUCAGCUGACCUCUCUCAACCAAUGAUUGACAUUAUGUGCAGUGAAAGUUGCACAGAAUUUACACUACCCAGUCUGGAACUCUAGUUUACCCAGUGAUGGAGGUGGAGAAGUGAAACUCCAGGCGCCAUGAUCACUUCAAAUCAUGGAAGUGGUCAUGGCACUUUGAGUAACCCUUUUAAGAGCACAGCAAAUGUAAAAUAUAUUUAUCAUUUAUUUUUUGCUUACCUCAAGUGGAUACAGUAUAUGCUUUGUUAUAACUGUUUCACAUUCUGCCCUGUCCCUAUAAAUGUAAAGGGACAUUCCAAGCACCAUAACCACUACAGUGCACAUUAAAUAUAUACGCAUUCUAUAUUUUGUUAUUCAGUAGAACGAUGUUCUUUGUUCCAAGUUCAUAGGUGAUUUACUUAUCGGCCUUGUUUAUUAAUUAUCAUUCUUUCUACUUUAGUCUUUUACUACCUGUAGUACAGGAGUCAUUUAGCACUUUCCAAGAACUCAUGACCUGAUGUGAGUUGGGAAACCUUCCGUAAACAUUGGUUCUCUGUUUGCCUUGUAAAUUAUAAUACAUCUGUAUAUUAUAAAUAGUUUUUAAUUUAUUUUCAGUGGCAUAGGCUUGGCUCUCUGUGAAAGACUACUUUCAAAGGAUGACCAGAUUCGUUUAUGCUUGGCCUGCAGAAACCUACAGAGGGCUGAGAAUGCCCGAAUGGCUCUUGCUUCCUCUCACCCAUCUGCUGAUAUUAGUGUGGUUCAAAUUGACGUAGGCAGUGUUAAAUCAGUGUUACAGGGUGCAAAAGAACUAAAAGAAAGGUAAGCUUCCUGCAUGUAACUAUGUGCAGCUAUAGGGAUAGUCUUUUAUACAACGUAUACCCACAGUACGGUGUAAUCUGUCAUUGCAGCACCAAAGGAUCAUUGCAACCUUCGUGGCUCAACUGAGGGGUCCAUAUUAAGUUUUUAUAUAUAAAUGUUCAUGUUUUAAUUGGCAGAUAUACAUUCUUUUUCUUCAAUGUUUUUGGUUGAUUCUUUGUUACUGUUAUGUGACAGUAUUUAGUCAGUGCCAAGCAAGGCGAGGGAGGGUGAGUUCUUUGUUAAUUGAAAUGGAGAGAUCUAUCUACCAAUAUAAUCUGUUCCUACACAGUGACAUGAACCUCAAAUCAACACAUUGCUCACUUUUAAUUUUGCAGUAUGCAACUGUUCAUGGUUAUCCAGCAAACUAAACACUUCUCUGUUGUUGUUGUUGUUGUUGUUGUUUGUGCUUGGUUAAAGGAACACUUCAAGCACCAUAACCGCAACCGCUGGAUGUAGAGCUUCCAGGGCACCGUUGGCAUCAUAAUAACUAAAGUGGGCUGCAGUGAUUCAUGGGGCUUCGAGUGUUCUUUUAAAUGCCUGACGAGAAUCACAUUUUUAACGUGGAUACUUGUUAAAAAGCAGAUUUUAAAAACUGCAAUCAACCUAUUACAGCCGUUGAUUUAGUAUGUGCAGCACACUGGUUGAAAUGCACGUCUCUAAAUGAACUCAGAUUUACUUUAAUAUAUUAUAUUAAAGGCAUACUCCACUCACCAUGACCAUUUCUGCUUUUAGAAGUGGGGAUGGUGUUAGGAGUCUUUAUGUGCAGUUUUUCAGCUUGAAACAUAAGCGCUAUUGGCACUUUGUGCCGGAACUAGUAGCAUCCCAGCAAGAGUUGACUGACUUAUGCAGCCCUGAACUCUGUUCUGGGCUGCCUAAUGUCAAUUGUGUACAUAUUUUACAUCUGACAUCAACAUGCUGGCGACAGAUGUAAUAGGCUCCUUUCUGUGUCUCCCCCUCAGUCCUGUCAGCAGCCCUUCCUCUCACUUAGGAUUGUCCCUCCCCCGACCUUCCUUCUCUAAUUCCCUCUUUCCCUCUGCUCUUGCCAGCUAGGAGCGCACGCAUGCACUCUAAGAUGGUUAAAUUGUCCAUCUCAGUGGUUAAAUUGUCCAUCUCAGUGGUUAAAUUGUCCAGUCAAAGGCUUCUCCAUGAGAAGCCUUUGAUUGGACCUCCGCAUGGCUUCUGUGAUGUCAGCUGGGGCUCUGUCCAACAGCCCCGGGUGCCUCGCCCAAGCCUGGAUUAAAGUCAGUAAAACUUAUUUUAAAAUGUCUUUGGAGAAUUUCAUUUGGGAAUGACUUGGAAAAAUAAUGCCAAUAGGGCAUUAUUGUAAGCAAAACAAAAAAGGGUUGGAGAAAUAUAACAAUAUCCUGUUACAGCCUAAAUAUGGGACUUAAUGCUAAGAUGGUUAUGGUUGUUGCAUGUCUUAUAUUUAAAAAUCAGAAAUAGAAUUGCUAUGUUUUUUUGUAUGUUUUUAAUUAAAAGGUACAAGCGCAUUGACCAUUUAUACCUGAAUGCUGGAAUAAUGCCCAAUCCGAGGAUUUGCUUCAAAGCUUUCAUCACUGGUUUGUUCUCAAGGUACAGUAUUUUUGUUUUAAUAAUUAUAUUUACUUAUUGGCAAAUGUACUCACAAACCGGACUUUACAUAGGACACGAGGCCAUGCGUUUAGACUAGAAGAAAGAAGAUUUCGUCUAAGGCAAAGGAAAGGUUUUUUUACUGUAAGAACAAUCAGGAUGGGGAAUUCUCUGCCUGAGGAAGUGGUUUUAUCAGAGUCCAUACAGAUGUUCAAACGGCUACUAGAUGCAUACUUGCAAGAACAGAAUAUUCAAGGAUAUAAUCUUUCAAUGUAGGGUAAUAACUGCUUGAUCCAAGGAUAAAUCUGACUGCCAUUCUGGGGUUAAGAAGGAAUUUUUUUCCUAGCUUGUUGCAAAAUUGUGCUUCAAACUGUUUUUUUUUGCCUUCUUUUGGAUCAACAGCAAAAAACAAAUGUGAGGUAGGCUGAACUUGAUGGACGCAAGUCUCUUUUCAGCUAUGUAACUAUGUAACUAUAUUUAAUGUUCGAAUUGGUUUGUGAUAGUAUAAGUGAACUGGCUUUUGUAUCAUUGUAGGAAUGUCAUCAGUAUGUUUGCCACAGGUGAGGGGCUCCUGACACAGGAGGACAAGGUGACUGAAGAUGGUUUACAAGAGGUUUUUGAGACCAAUGUUUUCGGCCACUAUAUUCUGGUACAGUUGAUACUCUUGCUCACACAGUCAAUAUGCCCUUUUCUUCAUUUUUUCUCUAUUUUAUAGAAUGUUUUCUUUUUAAAUGAGUGACUGAGAGAUAAGAAAGUGAUAAAAUCAUCUGAUUUCAAUCAAUGAUUGAAUGCAUCUCUGAGGAGAUGUUGAUUGGCCAGGGCUGUGUUUGGCUUGUGCUGGCUCUGCCCCUGAUCUGCCUCCUUGGCAGUCUCAGGCAAUCCUAUGAGAAAGCAUUGUUAUUGACUCAGGGAGUCACUUCUGAUGUGGUCCGCCAGGCAAACAGAUCAGAGGCAGAGCCAGCAGUUGUGAUGUAAGUGAACCACUUAAAAAAUAUUUCUUCCCUCCCCCCAGAUUAAAGAAAUUGAGCCUCUUUUAUGUAAUGUGCACAAUCCUUCCCAAGUCAUCUGGACAUCUUCUAGCAAUGCAAGAAGGUCUGCCUUCAGUCUAACAGAUUAUCAGCAUUCUCAAGGACAGGAAUCCUACAGCUCCUCCAAAUAUGCUACUGAUCUGUUGAGCGUUGCUUUAAAUAAACAUUACAACAAGCAGGUUAGUAGCGUUAGAGGUGUCUUUUUAGAAAACAAUUAGAAUUUUUUAUUUUUUUUUAUCCAGUUUAUAUAAACUUUUUCAAAUUUAGCAAAUAAUUCACAAUCCUGUUUAGUACAGGCACCACAAGGCAAACAUUGCAAACUGACAGGUGCAAAAGACAGAUGGAGGAACCCAGUUGCAGGAUAUGGUGUAAUUAUUACUUCAUAUAGUUCAUUUUAAUUUGAUCUCCUCAAGUACAUACUUGUUAAAGGAAAACUUCUAGUACCAUAACAACUUAAUUGGAAUGAGGUUGUUCUGGUGCCAGGAGGAUCUUGGCUUCCCAUUUGCAGUUAGUCUUCUUUCUUCAAAGUCUUCUUUCCAGCUCAGUUUAGCUCUGCCCCUGUCCUUCUGCUUCUCUGAGAUUCUUCAAACAGGAAGUCUCAGACUGUUGCGCACAGGAGCUCUAUUGCUUGGUUGAGAGGGUCAGCUGAUGCUCUAAGCCAAUCCAUAGCUCCCUAUUCACAAAACUACUUUAGAAACGUAUGUUGUCUUUUUGUCAAGCUGUUUUUUUUUUUGUUUUUUUUUAUGUAUGGGAAGCUACUGACUAGCUGAAAGUGCCAGCUUACCCUCUCAAUAGUUUAACCUCUAAAGGUAAGGUGGCACUAGGGACCCCCUGGUUCCAUAGCAACUUAAUUCCCUUUAAGUUGUUAUGGUGCAUAGAGGUUACCAUUGAAAUAUGGUACUACUAACUUAUUUUAGUUAGUAGUACACUCUCUUAUUACCAUCCUUCAGGAAAGUUUAUCCUUCAUCCAUCAGUGAUUUCUAAUUAUAUAUAUAUUUUUUUCUUCUUUGACUUUUCAGGGCAUGUAUUCCAGUGUGGUGUGUCCGGGUCUUGUUAUGACUAAUCUCACAUACGGAAUUUUACCACCUUUCUUCUGGAUGUUUAUAAUGCCCAUUAUGUGGCUGGUAUGUAGUUUGUGUUGCGUAACCAUUCACUGACUUGUGUUUAAUAAUAAACGUAUUUUAUGACUUGUAUUAACGCAUGAUUAUACACUUAAAAAAAAAAAAAAGUUAUAUUUGUAUAAUCUAAUUGUAUAGAUAUACUUUUUUGUGGAGAUUAGAGGAUCACCAUAAGCACUGUGGUACAUUGUAAUGGUUGUAAAGGAGUGUUUCAGUUUUUUGUUUUUUUUUUACUAGAGGAAAAAAUCAAAGUGAAUUUAACAUUUAAGGCCAAAGUAACCAAACUGAAAGCAGUCCAGCUAUUUUGACCUAAAAUGUGAAAUUUACUUUAAAUUCUCACAUUGGUGAAUAAUUUUUUUUUUUUGUCAUCCAGGCCAAAAUAAGGAGCACUUUGUGACCUGCAUUGCCUGCACACCUUCUCGAUCACAUGUAUUUAAUUAUUUUUUUCUUCUAACUAUCCUCUUGAAAUGUUGGAAGUGUUUUUUAACUUUACUUGUAGCUACUUGCCUACGUUAUUUGUAGUUUAGUAGUUACUUGUGUUAGCAAAUAUCUCUGAUAAGUAAAAAGCAAAAAAAAUAUUUUAUUUUGUUAUGAAAUUAUUUUGUGCUUGGCUUUUUUUUUUUUUAACCACAAGAUAAACCACAAGUUUUUUUUAUUCAUGUGGUACCUAUAUGGACUUUCUCUUGUGCAUCAUUUGUUUUCAAAGCGCUGCUUUUCUUAAAUGCUGAGGAAAACUAUCAGAGAUGGCUUAACUCUCAUUAUAUAUUUACAUUUUGGCCCAGACUGAUUCACAGUCAGAACAAGAAAAUGCAAGUCUAUUCAAUAAAAUCCUUGAUAUGCCUCUCCCUUAUUAAAGUGACUCAGGUUCACUUCCCAAAAUCAGAUGUAAUUAGAACCAUUAUCCUACUUCUCUGGAUUGGUACAAUUCUUCUCUCCAGUGCAGGUGUGGCCAGAGUAUGGAUUCUUGGCCGUUGCCGAUUACUCUAAUAAGGCUAGUAGGUCUAAUUAUUAGCCACUCCAGAUACUUGUAUAUAGUGGGUGUAGCUCUUGGUAACUAAAGACUCAAUGCAAGCAUGUUCAAGUUACAGGGGACCAUUUCACAUUCUGUCUCCAGACAGACCUUUACUGGACAUACAACAUUAACUGGUUAAGCAUCAUGGGACUUGUAGUUGAUUGCCCGCUAGGUUGUCUACCUUUUUGUACAUUUCUACCGAGAAGGAACAAUUUCUGUUUAUGGCAAUUGCUGUAUUUUUAUAAAACAAAAAAUGAAAACAUUUGGGUAGCUUCAGAUUUGACUUUUUUUUUUAUUAUUUUUUUUUAUUUGCUUCAUUUAUCUUUCACCACUCUAUGAAAGCAUUACCCAGGUUUAGAACAUAUUGGUGUGGUGUGUGGGCUUUUUUUAUUUUAUUUUAUUUUAUUUUAUUUUUUUGCUCCCUUACCUUCUCCUAAGGUAACUUGGGAUCUUUUUCACAUCACUAGUCUAUCCCGGAUUCCUUGGUUGCUCUUUCUAACCAUACAGUUCUGUAGCUGAUGGCUGUACCAGAUUUACACAUUGAAUAAAAAACAAACAAAAAAAACUAAUUUUCAGUUUCCCACCUGUUCCAAGUCAUAGUAUUGCUCUAAAUCCAGGACCUUCUGAGGUACAAACAGAACACAAUUACUAAUGUCAGAGUAACUUGAUCCAUUAGCAACACAGUUGGCACUGUCAAUAGUGUUUGUAUUUCCCAGCUGAUAUAAGAUGCAGCUUCUGUAAUUAGAUUGCUAAAAUAAAAACCAACAUUAAAGGGACACUAUAGCCAACCAGACCACUUCAGCUAAUUGAAGUGGUCUGGGUGCAUAGUCUCAGGUCCCUUACCCUGCAAAGGUAAUUAUUGCAGUUUUUUAAUAAACUGUAAUAAUUACCUGCAAGGGUUAACUCCACCUCUAGAGGCUAUCUACAUGACAGCCACUAGAGGUACUUCCGGGUCAUUAGGCAACUUUUGAGGGCAUCCAGCGUCAUGCACAACACCAUAGGAAGGCAUUAUACAUUCUUUCCAAUGGGGGGAAUACUAAUGCAAUCCUUUGUGCACCAUGGGGGGCUGUGAAGGAGAAGGGCACUAUAUUGAGCUUUGCAUUUAUCGGACACUACUUUUUCUUUAUAUUACUCAAAUGCUAAAUAUAUUUUAAAAGAAAUCUUUAUUAUAAUGGGUUAAUUUUGUUUUUCAAUUCCACAGAUCCGUUUGUUCACAAACUCAUUCACGAUCUCCCCAUACAAUGGUGCUGAAGCCCUGGUAAGUUGGAAAAAUGAAUUUUGUUUUGUGACUCUAUUUAAUAAAGGGCCUACUAAUUGCUCUUAUUGUAUUCCCAGUAAGACAGUUUAAGAUAAACAUUGCAGAGGGGCUUUAAACAUGUGCCAUGAUGCACCAGUAAAGCACAUGUAUAUACAGUCCAGUCCAUAAGUAUGUGGACAUUAACAUUGCUUUUGGCCUCUGUUUGAAAAGGAGCCAUGACUGAAGUGUUUGUUUACAAAGAACAUGCAUCUGAAUUGCAAAGUUGAGAAGGAAAGUGCCAAUUUUGAUGCAAAAUUGCAUUUCGGCAUUCAUUAAUAACCAUGAGGAAUGAUUCCCCUAUUAAAGAUUUAUUUAGUCAACUUGGGGUGAUGAGAAUUAUAAACUAUUACACCAAAAGUCUCCUUAAAAUUAAGCAGUUAAAGUCUUAUGGAAAAUAGACCAGUAAGGAUGUAUACUAUGAAACCAUGUUUUAACGUAAAUUUGUAGCAUCUUCUUUGUAAAGUGUACUCAUUGCACAUAAGUAAAAUUUCAUCUAAACAUUGCUGUAGCCAGAUUUCCUACCAAACAGAUGAAAUGUUAUUCAAACAUGCAUUAUAAAAUCUUUUUCUAAACACCUGGAGUAACAGAAUUUAUGUGCCGUUAUUCUUGGAAUUGUGGGGUUUGGAACUUGCCAGGAGUGAGGUGGGUGUGUGAGGUCACUUCAUCCACUCCACUUGUUCAUACUGUAUAGUGAAGAAGCAGACUGUGUGUGUGUGUUGUAUACUUUGUAUCUCUACUACCCCGUAAUAUCAUGUGAAGUUGUCAUCCACAAGGUUUUGCAGAUGACUUAAUUGGUUCAUAUUAAUUUGCAUGCUUUUGUUUGCAAAAGUUUACUUUUUGUUUUGUGUUUUCCGGUUAAUGGGUUUAAAAAAAUAAAUAAAAAAAUCGGUUGUUACAAUAUUUCCCAUUGUACAGCGCUAUGGAAUUUGUUGGCGCUAUAUAAAUAAUAAAAUAAUAAUAUUUACAAAGUUUAUAUUUAUAAUUGGAAGGUGGUGAAGCAUUGGUUAGUGAAUGUGGCCCUUGCUUUCAAUGCCUGAGUCUUUUUUUUUUUUUUUUUUUAAUGUAUGUUGGAUUAACCAGAUGUAUGCCACACUGUAGUGACACAAAGAAUGACAGCCUAAUAUUACUGUGAUCUCAUUAUGCUUCAAUUUAAAAACUCCUUGUAUUUCUGGUUUUACUUGUUUUCCCCUCCCUUUUACAAGGAUAGCCUCUGUAAUGUGUAAAUUAGUUUAGUUGGCCUAUUUUUCUUCAUAUAAUUUUCUUUAUUUCUUCCUUUCAAAGCCGCUUCCUGCUAUCCUGCAGAGUUACCCCCCUUACUCCAAUAACACAACUGUGAUAUGUCCUCGCAUAUAGCCGUAUUAAUCUGAGAGUAUGCAGUUAGUGAGUUCCAGGUCAUCUUUUAGUUUUCUAUUGUACAAAUAGGACAGGUGACACACGUGUUAUAAACUCCUGCUGAGUUGGUUAAUCCCUACCAUGCUACAGAUGUAGAGUACCUUAAGAAAAACAAAAGCAAUUUCAUUUUUUUUACCUCUUAAAGCAGGCUUCCCCAAACUCUGGCCGUCCAGAUGUUGCUGAACUACAACUCCCAUGAUUCUCAGCCUAUCUAUUUCAUUCAUAGAAUCAUGGGAGUUGUAGUUCAGCAACAUCUGGAGGGCCGGAGUUUGGGGAAGCCUGUCUUAAAGAAAUACUAUUGCGUUAGGGCUGCAAACCUAUCUUAAUAAUUUCCUAAUACUAUAGACAGAGAUAAUAAAUAAAUAAAUAUAUAUAUAUAUAUAUAUAUAUAUAUAUAUAUAUAUAUAUAUAUAUAUAUAUAUAUAUAUAUAUAUAUAUAUAUAUAUAUAUAAUAUAUAUUCGUGUGUGUCUGUAUAGGUCUAUGUGUCAGUUUCCGUAUGUAUAGGAAUUGUUUCAAAUUAUAGUCUGGUCCCCAACUGUGUGAGGGAUAGUGAACUGGCACACUGUUUAAAAAGUUUGAGGACCCCUGGAUUAGACCAUCAAGGAGGGGUCCUCAAACGUUUUAAACCGUGUAUAUUCUCUAUCUAUCACAAAUUUUUCGGCUUUUUUUUUUCUUUCUUUUGCAGAAGGGUGGCUGAUGGGAGUCGGCGUGGCUCUAACAUCUUCACAGCCUGUCUUUCUUCCCUUCUGAGGAGAGGGAGCUGGGAGGAAGUGACCACCGGCUGUCACUUCCUCCCAGCACUACUUUGCGGCUGCAAUUAUUUUUUAAAGGGACCCAGUCGCGCUAUUGCAGCGCUGACCGGGCCCCUGUAGAUAUAGGGCCCAUUCGGGUGGCCCUAAAUGCUUGGGCCGGGGUCAGGACCCUGGCAGGCCGGAUCCAGCCCACGGGCCGUAGUUUGAGGACCCCUGGUCUAAUCCAAUGCUUCUGAUAGAGAAUUGGGUACCUGAUGUGCCCAUUCAUGCUUCCCCAUGUAUUUAUUCAGUCAGUAUAGCGCCACUUGAGGUGGAUUUAUUUAUGUAAUGUAAACAGUGCAGUUUAAAAAAGUCUUACAUUGCAAGGUUAAAACGAUGGACGCUGCACCCACACCAUUUAAUUUAGAUGAAGUGGUCUGGGUGACCAAAGGCUACAAGUCCUACACUACCAGUCAGACCUAAAAAUUACUUGCCACUGCAAGCCCAGAGGGGCAAUGUCUUAAUCACGAUGAUUGAGUGGAAAUUUUGAACCCUGUUAUUGAUAUAAUAAGAUAAACUACAGCCUGUAGCACGUGCUUGUUUUUUUUUUUUGUUUUUUUUUUUAAGAUGUUGGUUGCUAAUCAUUAAUUCUUUGUGUUUUGGCAUGUUACGUAAUGCUUCAUGCUACAGUUCUGGGACUUAAAUAAAAAAAACAGGCAUCUGAUCAUAUUAAAAAAACUUAAAGGACCACUAUAGUGCCAGGAAAACAAACUUGUUUUCCUGGCACUAUAGAGUCAUUAGGUCUUUUCCCGCUUACCUUUCUCCAGCGCCGGGCUCCCUUGGCAUUGGAGAAUUCUCAAUAGGCCAAGUAGGAGAAGCGAGAAACUAAAAAGGAAGAUUCCCGGGCUAUAUACACAAGCCAAUGGUGCCACAGUUCAGUGUAAUUACCAGACCUCACCAGUAAAGAAGCACUGUGAAUUUCCAAAUUAUAGAUUUUAUCAACUGCUGGAGAGUGGUUAAAGCCUCAGAUCGCUAAUCCAGAGGAAAGAAACCCUUCAGUGCAUUAAGUAGUUGCUUUGUGAGUGACUUUUUAUAUUGUGAAAUCUGAAGGGGAGAUAAAUAAGUGCACCAUUGCCUCUGAUUGAAAUGAGAGACCUAGACCGACUACCUUCUCAACCGCUGCACGUAUUUCCUCCUAAUAGGGAAUGACCAUGACCACCAAAUAUAAAGUGCUGUCCUGAUACUCCCUUGACAUCUCCAAUCCUUUACAGGAUUUUCGCCUGAAAUUUUAGGCAAAAGUCAAGGAGUUGAUUGUAAAGGAAUGAGUGUAAUUUUGUUUCUUGAAGUUGGGCACCAAGAAAGCUCUCAUGAGCCAAAGUAGAAAAAAUAAACUAAUUUAAAUUGACUAGAGAGGGAUCUACCAUGCAUAUGUCCCAACCGGAAAAACAAAUUUAGGCUGAGGAAUAGAGGGGAGUAGAAGCUGAUACAUUUUUGAAAUACCCCUUGCAAGAUGUUCCCCCUAAAAGGAACUAAUUCUCAAAUGUAAUCGGAUCUGAGUGCCAUAGUAAUGUUUAAUUUGAAGAUAUUGUAGCCUAUGGAGAGUAAAUUGGUCUCUGAGCCAAUAGCAAAGUGAAGGAAGCAGGCCAAUGGAUGAGCUUAUAUCACAGCUCAUCAUACAACGAUUUAUCUGAAAAACCGAAAGAAGCUAGGUACAUUCUCUCAGGGAACUCUGUGUUUACAUGGUGGGAAAACUUGAACUUUGACAAGAGUCCUUUAUUUUGUGGCAGAAUGAUACUAGUGCAUAUGGUAUAGUGGGUCGUCAAAUGAGGAGGCAUGUGCCUCAGUUCAAGGUAAGGGAUGAGGUGAUCAAUCUGACACUGCCAACUCUAGGAGGGUCCACUGUGAGAGAGGUGGAGUACAGUGCCAAUUUACUAGUCUCCACAAAUGGUAAUACGCUGAGAAGGUCGGGAACCCCAUCUCACUCUGGGACUGUGACUCUGCCAAACAAAUCUGAGAAGUGCAGAUAGUGGAAAUGGGAACACACAAGGUACCCUAAGCAGUGUAGUUUUAAAGUAAAUGCAAGAUCAUGGGAAGAAAAUUAAUCUUAACCCCGUUAAACCUUUCAAACCAAGAUAUACUAAAGAUCUCCUAACCCAGAGCUCAUUAGUCAAUCUUCCACGAAGAUCAGAAAAUCUGCUGGGUAAGCUUGGCCGACAGCACUAGUCAGUCAAAUGACGAGAUAUUUCAUUUUCUACAAGCACCACUGCCCAAAUACAAUACAAUAAAAAGAAAACCACUGUUUAGUAGAGAAACAUGUAUUCAUAUAAUUGUGUGUAUAUACAAAAAGCCUUUAUAAGCAUCCAGCUAUAGAAACCCAGCUUUCAAGAGAUCAUUCAUAUCAUUAUUUUGUCCUGUAUCCCCAAGUAUUCAUUUGAUUUUUAUAUGUUGACAAUUGUAAUAAUUUUGUAUUUGAACAGGUUCAGUGUAGCAUAUUGAACUAUGCAGUUUCCUGCAUAUUAUGCAAAACAGAAUUUUCAAUGUGUUUUCUGAUAAUUUAAAUAAGGAAAUACUUGAUUUUGACUGGCAUUUUGAUAAUGGAGUCAAGCAGUUCAGACAAUAGGGUUUUCCAGAGGUAGCAUAGAGGCAAACACCACUCAUAGAGCUGGCGAUCUGCCAUCUUAAAACUUCACCAGAUGCCAUUGUUCAUAGGACUGCAUUAAUGUUUAUAAACACUAAAAAUUCACUUUCUCUUUUUUUUCUUGCAUUUUUUUAAGUUUGGGUUGGGAUGUAUUAUGAAUGGGUAUCACUAUAGUAGUUAUGGUUGGCCUUGUCGCCCCUGAUGUUGAACUACAUUUGCUUUUGUUGCCCAAUCAACCUUUAGCAAAUGCAGUCUUUGCUUCCCUAUAGAUUAGAGUAUACACAUGGCCAAGUGCCAGUCUAGUUCUAUUUCCCAUGAUGCUCCAACAUCUGGGGUGUCACUUUGUUUCUCGAUAAACUGUUUCCUGAAAAUGUAGUUGAGGAGUUUGGCCUUUUUUUAAUCCCAGAAUUGCCAAGUUAAUAAACUUUUUAAAUAUUAAUGAGGAAACGCUAUGUGUAAUGGUGAGGCCUUUAAUUCUAUACUAUGCAGAAUACUUUACUCUAUUGUGCUGGAUGUCAUAAAUAAAUAAAUAAAUAAAGCUUUACUGUCUUCUAAAAAUUCAAAGCAUCCUGAAUGUUUCAGUGCGUUCUCCUCAUGAUGUUUGUAAUUCUUAAUAAGUACCUUGUUCUUUCAGCUAUGGCUGUUUAGUAGGAAGACAGAAUCUCUGGACUCGCGUGCAAAAUAUCACAGCUGCACAUCUGGCCUGGGUAACAAUUAUGUUCAAUCGUAUAAGGCGAGUAUUUACUAUUUCUUAUGUGUGUAAAACAUCCACUUGUAUGCAAUUCAUUUUCCUGUACACUUUAAAAAAAAAAAAAAAAGCAAUGCAAAUAAGGAAUCAAAACUACUUUAGUUUUUGCAAAAAUAAAAAAAUCUUGUCAUGAUAAAACUUAAGAAGGCUUACGAAAUAUAAGCUAAAAUUAAGUUAUUAAUUCUAAAUGGGAGUUAGGAGGAACCAAAGUGUCUUUAACUUUCAAACAUGGGUGCCCAAAAGGUAGAUGCCCAGAUGUUGUAGAACUACAACUCCCAUGAUGCUCUGCAUGCUUUUAGAAUGACAAAGCAUCAUGGAGGUUGUAGAUUUAAAACCUCUGUUGAUCUAAAUUUUGGGCACCCCAGUGCCAGUUUUCACUAAAUCAGUGUUUCCCAACCCAGUCCUCAAGGCACACCUACCAGUCCAGGAUUUAGGGAUUACCCAGUUGUGUCUAAGGUGUUUUUACAAAGAAGAAAAAAAACACCUUAGACACAACUGGGUAAUCCCUAAAUCCUGGACUGGUAGGUGUGCCUUGAGGACUGGGUUGGGAAACACUGCACUAAAUAAAACAACCAUUAUCAGGAUAUUCAUGAUAACUAGAACAUUACCAUAGUAGAAAUAAACAAGGCGUGACCGAACUAGUGCAGUUCCUCAUUGAGCCUUCAACUUAGGUGCCUUUAAACACAUUCUGCAUCAUAUCUAAAUCAUAACCAUAGGGGUGCUCAGGAACCAAAAAGGAAUACAAACUAUACAGUGUUCCUUUUAAUGAAAAACAAUAGGAAAAAAAUGCACACUUGUACCCCAAAAUAUGACACCUUGUAUUAUUGCUAGUGGAGAUUUGUACUUGGUAAAUUAACAUCAAGAUUCCUCACAACUUAAAAUGAUUGUUUAUUCUGUCAUCUGAUGAGCUCACUCACUGAUUAUUUUUUUUCCGCUGUUGAUAUCAUCCAGUUAGGAGAGCUUUGGUUAAGCAAACUCUGUGUUUGACCUCUACACACAUUUUCUAUUGGCCUAUCUUUCAACUAAUUGAUCUUUUCCCUUUCAGAUGGACGUUGAUGAAGAAAGCAGUGAUGUGCUCUAUCGAAAGCUGCUUGAUCUAGAGAAACAAAUUCGCAAGAAAAUCACACCUGAAAACAAGUAGAAAUACGAAGAAUCGUGAACAUCAACGUCAUCUAACAUACAUAAAUGAUGUAUUAUGGGAUCUAUUCACUAAACCAGUGAUUGACUGGGGGAUUGGAAGUUUAUAGACCUCAGAUGGGAUAGCCGCCUCCCUCAAUUUAAAUAUUUGAGAUUAAUUCAUCUGAUUAGAUCUUUAUUUACAUUAGGUAUGAGCAUGUUUGGGUAUGAACUUGUAACUGUAGACAUUUGUAAUUAUUGGUAAAAAAAAAAAAAUCAUUCAGGUUUAUAAAUUUCUGUUCUAACUUAUAAAAUAAACACUUGAUCAGCCCUCGUCUAACAUGCAAGACAUGUUGUUCACAAUUAUUUUUGGAUGGCCCUGAAGUAAAGUUUAAAAUAAAUGGAUCAGGCCAAUUCAAUAGUAUGUUAACGUAGUGGUUGUGGUUUUUUUAUUCAUAACUAUAAUGCUUAUUUGAUAUUUUAUGUUGUAUUUUGUAGUAGCAGCGGUUUCCUUACUAUUAAUGUUUGAGUAGAGGGAGUAACAAUAGCCAUUAACCGAUACUUGGUGUCAGAGACUGGUUUCUGAUAGAUAUAGAUAUAUAUAUAAAUUUAUUUUAUUUUAUUUUUUGAGACCCAGUUACGCUGCAGUUUUUUGGGGCUGCCAGCGGCACAGGCUUCUGUCCCUUCUUACUAUGGGAGAAAAUAAUCUGAUAUUUGUGAAAUAAGUUUUUUUUAAAAAUACAUAAAAUUGUUCCUGAACACACUAUCAGCUGGUACACAGUAAUCUGGUAAAAACAGCAAUAUAUUCACAUGCAUGUAAUUAGAAGUAUAAGAUGUCUAAGCGGGAGGGGGAGUUACUAAUUUUAGGAAUCUCUUCUCCCCUCCACCCCGUUAAAUGUUAAAUAUAUUUGUGAAUAUGUCAGAUCUAUCAAAAUAGCAGUCUGACCAAUUCUUAUCUGAUAAACCCUAUCAAACAGAGGGGGAUAACAUGUCUUCACACUUCAAAAAUGGUCGCUACCUCCUGGAUUUAGGCAAGAGCCAACUAAACUGGGUAAUCCGACUCAAUCUAACAAAUACAUUCCAAAAUUAAUUCAAUUUUUUUCAGUUUUGUUGACUGGGAGUGAUGACCGGUUAGCUUGCUCUUAAAAUUAUUGCUAAUAUCUCCCAUCCCAUGUUGGAUCUAUUGGGGGCAGAAAAAAACUAAAAAACAACUUGAUCAACCAGAUGAAUGAUUUUUUUUUUUUUUCCUUAAUGUUUAAAUUAAGGGGGCAGACCUGUCAGAGGUCACAUGAAUGUGUGCGUCUCAGGUUCAUUUUAUCAUGUCCUUUAUUAGCCUGGGAGGGCCAAAAAGAAAGGCUGGGAGGCAAUUUCAUAGGAAGACAGACAUGAUGAUUGUGUGCUGCAGCCUCAAACCAUUCUUCUAAAAGUUAAAGGGACUCUCUACUCACCAGAACAAAUACUGUAAGCUGUAGUUGCCCUGGUUGACUAUAAUCAUUACCUUCAAGCUUUUUGUAAUAAACAUUGUCUUUUCAGAGAAAAUGCAGUGUUUCUCAUUGUAUUAACUUUAUUGCUCAUCAGACAGAAUCCUCUUUACAAUAUGGCCAACACAAUAUUAAAGGGACACUAUGGUUACCAGAACAUCUACAGCUCAUUGUAGUUGUUCUGGUGAGUAUAGACAGUCCCUGCAGGCAUUUUCAUGAAAACACAGUGGGUCUUUUCAGAUAAUAGGCAGUGUUUACAUUAAAGCCUCGAGACUCCUCCAGUGGCCAUUCCUCAGAUGGCUACUAGAGGUCCUUCCUGGGGCAGUGCUGCACAGUGUGACUGACAUUCAGUGUUUCCAACCUCCUGCAUGGAGACACUGAACUUUUCUCAUAGAGCUGCAUUGAUUCAAUGUAUCUCUGAGGAGAUGCUGAUUGGCCAGGGCUGUGUUUGACUUGUGCUGGCUCUGCCCCUGAUCUGCCUUCUUGACCGUCUCAGCAAAUCCAAUGGGAAAGCAUUGUGACUGGCUCAGAUAAUCCCUUCUGAUGUUGUCAGCCAAGCAGACAGAUCAGGGGCAGAACCAACAGCUGCAAUCUUGAACAAAAGAUUUUACUAUAUUUAGGGGGGCUAGAUGGUGGUUUUAACACUAUGGGAUCGGGAAUACUUGUUUGUGUUCCUUUAAACUAGCAGGAAGUGUUCAGGUGUAUUUUAGUAGGUUGCUGGAGGAUUGAAGCAGCAGGCAGGCCUUUGCUAGCCGGUACUGUGUGGGUUUGUGCAUGGGCUGAUGGCCUGUGGUCUUGCUGCUUUCUGGGCCUGCACUGGCCUCUGAUAUAUUUAAAAGUGGACUACAGUCUACAAUCUAAUGUUGAUAGUGCUGCAAGACUACAAUCGGUGUGUAUGAUGUGACUGCAGGCUGGGAUGAAACACUGUUCAUGGCAUUCAUGCUGCUUGUCACUGGUGCAAUAAAGUCAGUAGGAAACAGAGCCUUUGUCUCUUACAAUGUUCCUUUUGUUCGUACUGAUACAGGUUGCAUGGGUAUAUGAUGACCCUUUUAAUGUCACCAGCUUCCAUAUGUCAAAUGUGCACAUAUUUGGUGCUCUGUGUAAGUAGGACAAUGCCCAUUAAGAUCUGUGAGUUUUGUGCACAAAAAAAGGUUUGUACGUUGGCCAAAACUUGCCCACCCUCCCCUGUUUAUUAGUCUGUGAUGUUCUAUAGUAAUAUGUGAUAAAUGCUGACUGACUGUUUUUCCAUGUUUUCCGCUUAAAAAGUAGAAAUCUAUGAACUCCGACAUGCAUAACUACCAUUUUUUCUGCUGUUAAUUUAUUAAGAGCUGUAUGUUUUGAAUCAUGUACAACUGCAAUAUAUUUUAAAUAAAGCACCUAUAAUUUAACUGUA